CGCAACGUUACAGUCAGCGCAGAGCGCACUGAUCAAUGUUAUGUUCACAUAUAAUACUAUUACAUUUAUCUAGCAUUCUUCAAAAGCUGUCAAAACCUGUACAUAACUUCUAUUAACUGCCAAAUUAGUGUUUCGGGGUUUCAAAGAAGUUUGUCUUUAUUUCCGUGAACAUCUAUGCAGAAACGCCUUUAUAAUCUCUGUUUACAUCACAUGAAGUAGGUCAUUGCUGUUGGGAUGUUUCUGGUGGGACUGACCGGAGGAAUUGCCUCAGGGAAGAGCACGGUGUCUUCUCAACUCAAAGAGCUGGGCUGUCCUGUCAUCGAUGCAGAUGUGGUUGCCCGAAAAGUGGUGGAGCCCCAAACCGCAGCGUACAGACUGAUCGUGCGCCACUUUGGGCGGGACGUUUUAUCAGAAAAUGGCGAGAUUGACAGGAAGAAACUGGGCCAGAUCAUUUUCUCCAGCCCUGAGAAACGCAGGCUUCUCAACUCCAUCACACACCCGGAAAUACAUAAAGAAAUGUUGAAACAAAUCCUGCUGUACUUUAUUAAAGGCUACAGGUAUGUGAUUCUGGACGUCCCGCUGCUGUUUGAAACUCGACGGCUCACUCGAUUCCUGACGCACACUGUGGUCGUGUACUGUGAUCCAGCGACACAGCUGUCCAGACUCAUGCAGCGGGACACGUUGAGCCAGACGGAGGCCGAGCAGAGGAUCUCCGCUCAGAUGCCGCUGAAGGAGAAGCGCGGCUUGGCCAAUCACGUGAUCGAGAACUCAGGCUCCCGCGAGGACACACACAGACAAGUGCUGCGGCUGCACUCCAAACUGGACGACUGCAUGCAGUUCCUGAUCAUCAGAGCCGUCGCGGUGGCUGCGCUCGCUGGGCUCGGCGGACUCUUCAUCUAUUCAGUCAGAAUCAUCACUUCAUAGCACACAAACAUUUACAUUUAGCAGACGCUUUUGACUGACAAUUGAGGAGGCAUUCAGCGAUUCAACAAGAGGCAAUACACACAACAAGUGCUAAUUAUAUGAAGGUUGAACUCAGAAUUAUUAGCCCUCCAGAAUUGUUAGCCCUCUGUAUAUUUAUUUUGCAUUAAUAACCAAGAGAAGAUUUUUUUCAACACAUUUCUAAUCAUAAUAGUUUUAAUAACUCAUUUCUAAUAACUGAUUUAUUUUAUCUUUGUCAUGAUGACAGUAAAUAAUAUUUGACUAGAUAUUUUUCAAGACACUUCUAUACAGCUUAAAGUGACAUUUAAAGGCUUAACUAGGUUAAUUAGUUUAACUAGGCAGGUUAGGGUAACUAGGCAAGUCAUUGUAUAAUGAUGGUUUGUUCUGUAGACAAUUGAAAACAAAUAUUGCUCAAGGGGGCUAAUAAUUUUGACCUUAAAAUGGUUUUAAUAAAAUUAAAAACUGCUUUUAUUCUAGCCGAAAUAAAAUUAAUAAGACUUUCUCCAGAAGAAAAAAUAUUAU